CUCUAUUUCUAAUAAUUCUCCUAUUUUUCUCUUAAUUUCUCUCACAAUACACAAAUGGCUAAUGUUUCGGUGGCUGCAGAAUGGCAGCUCCUCUACAACCGCUACUACCGUAGGCCCGAGCUCUACACUAUGAGAUGGAAGAACAUUGACUUAUCCCGCAACAAGGUCGACUGUUCUCCAUUCGGUGGUCCGAUCGCCGUGAUCCGCGACGAUUCUAAGAUCGUCCAACUCUAUUCCGAAUCAGCUGUCCGGAAACUUCGCAUCUUCACUUCCUCCGGCGUACUGAUCUCUGACACCGUAUGGAAAAACCCCGGCGGGCGAUUGAUCGGCAUGUCCUGGACCGAAGACCAAACCCUAAUCUGCAUCGUCCAGGACGGCACCGUUUACCGCUACAACAUCCACGCCGAGCUGAUCGAACCCAACGUAACGCUGGGGAAAGAGUGUUUCGAGCAGAAUGUGGUGGAAUGCGUGUUUUGGGGCAAUGGCGUUGUGUGCUUGACGGAAGGGGGGUUGUUGUUUUCCAUCCCUGAUUUUAAGGUGAUGAAUCCGUGCAAGCUGGCGGAGACGGGGGCGGACGAUUUGCCCAAUUGCAUGGCAAUUAUCGAGCCAAAAUACACGGUUUCGGGGAAUGUGGAAGUGUUGGUCGGGAUUGGUGAUGGUGUUUUGAUUGUGGAUGAAGAUGGAGUUCAAAGAGUGGAAGGGGAGGCAGUUCAGGGUCCGGUUCAGAAAAUGGUCGUUUCUUGGGAUGGCAAAUAUUUGGCCAUUUUUACACAUGAUGGGCGGAUAUUGGUGACGGAUAUUAAUUUCAAGGGAGUUCUGUUGGAGUAUAACUGUUAUACUUUUUCAAAUACUUCUGAAUGUUGCAGAAUACAACACGAGUUGGAGGUAAGCACAAAGCAGGCCAUAUUUGUUGAUUCAAGUAUCAGUGAUACUAUACGUACAUGUAUUGUUCUAGGGAACCCUCGUGCCGCAAUGAAAGUGAAGAAUGAAUUCAAGGUUUCUGAGAAGAGGUGGUAUUGGCUUAAAGUUUUUGCUUUGGCUACAAUUAGAGAUUGGGAAGCUCUUGAGAAGUUCUCAAAAGAGAAGAGACCGCCGAUUGGAUAUAGGCCAUUUGUUGAGGCAUGCGUUGAUGCUGAUGAGAAAGGUGAAGCUCUAAAAUAUAUCCCCAAGCUUGCUGACCUCCGAGAAAGGGCCGAGGCAUAUGCUCGGAUUGGGAUGGCGAAAGAAGCUGCUGAUGCAGCUUCUCAAGCCAAAGAUGGGGAAUUACUGGGGAGAUUAAAACUAACAUUUCAACAAAAUGCAGCAGCCUCCUCACUUUUUGACACUCUUCGGGACCGAUUGUCUUUCCAAGGCGUUUCAUAGUCCUUAUAUUACCUGAUCCCAUUAUUGUUGUCAUCGUUGUUAAUGCAAAUGAUUAUGAAGUUUCGGUUAUUGUUGUGUAUAUUCUUUCGCUUGUUUAUCCGUGGAAAGCAAGUCUUGUUGUUCGCAUACUUAUAAUGA